AUGUUUAGACGAUCACCUCGCGUCGGUGCGGGUGUAGUUCAUGCUGAAGAUGGGACGAAAACGCUUCAAGUAUCUCGUACUUAUAAAGCACUUCUGGAAGCAAACGACAUCAAUUUAAAGGACCUCCUCAAGGGCAAUAAGAUGGAGAUAGCGAAGGUCGUGAACGGCAUUGCGGAUGGCAAAAUGGAUCUCUUGGGGAUAAGAAUUUUCAAGAUGUUGAUGUAUACUGUCGGUUUUGGUGCCGUCAUGUUCGUCAUUUUGGAUGUAGUGUCAAAAAGGGGACCGCCCGGCGGACCUCCAGCAACCAGAACGGUUGGAACGGUUCACGAGGUACCUUCAGGCUCGGCUUAG